GUUAAUGUACAUGUCAAACAUGGUCGACAGAAUGCCGAACCACGUAACUGUUUGGAUGAAUUAUCUGAAAAAUGCCAUCGAUGAAGGAGAUUAUACAGUGCUUGGCAUUUUGAUUGCUGUAAUUGUUGUUGUUUUAACAUUUUUGAUAUUUGGUGUAUUCAGACAGAGAGGCAAUAAAAGACGAGGUGUUCUCAUUCUAGGAAGCUGCGAUGCUGGGAAGACACUGUUGUUCACAAGAUUGGUGUAUGGAAAAUAUAAGGCUACAUUCACAUCAAUCACAGCGAAUUCGGGAACAUACACACUCCCAGAUACGGGUAAAACACUGAGGAUUCUAGAUUUACCUGGACAUGAAAGAGUCAGGCUACAGAUGCUGGAAACUCACAAAGAUCUUACAAGGGCUAUCAUGUUUGUAGUGGAUAGUUCUAGUGUUCAGAAAGAUAUCAAAGAUAUUGCAGAGUAUCUUUACACUGUACUGAGCGACAACAAGAUCUCUAGCAUUUGUCCACCAGUGUUAAUUGUUUGUAAUAAACAAGAUUUGACCUUUUCCAAGGGUGCAAAGGUCAUUCAAGGACAACUGGAGAAAGAAAUGAACACUUUGAGGGUAACAAAAUCAGCAGCAUUACAAGACACGUCAGCCGGAAACAAUAACACAUAUCUCGGAAAGAGAGAUAGAGACUUUACCUUCACAGAUCUCAAGCCCAUGCGUGUAGAGUUUGCAGAAUGUAGUGCUCAAGGGAAAAAUUCUGAAUCUGAACCAGACUUGAAACAGGUGGAGGAGUGGUUGUCACGUAUAGCAUGAGCAGUAGAGUACCUGUGAAUACUAGUCGGAUAAAUUGUAUUGCAGUUUGGCAAAAUAUACUGUUUGAGAUCUUUGUAUUAAGACUUAUGCCUACAGUUACUAGAGUAUUAUUUUGAAUGCUUCAGCAGAAUUACUAAAUUUCUUGAUUGAUUGUGUUUUAUUUUUAACUGUUUCUGUUAUUGUUCAGUUAAGAAUUUUAGUUUAGGACGUCACAGUUUCAACUGCACACUUUUUAUGGUUAGGUGUUAUUUUGCUGCUUGAACUUAUGACGAAUUAGGAUCAGGUUUAGAUUUAGAAGAUUUUAUAAGCUGGAACUUUCAUAGGGAGAUAACAGAAGUAACUAGUGGGAGAUGAUUUAGCAGUUGUUACAGAAAAUAUUAUUAUGUUUGAUUAACAUUUGUGCCAGGGUUUUAGGGUUAAUAAAUGUUCCAUACUGAAAAGAAACAAUCAAACAUUUAUAGUAUGCGUGAUUUUCUGUUUAUUUCCGGCUCGACGGGUUGCUGGUAAAAAGUUAUGGAAGAAACAGAAUGUUUAAUGAAACAUAACAGAGGUAUCUUAACAUACAGUGAUACUGUUAUGUAUGCCUGUCUAAGGAAAUUAUAGGUAGAUGUUUUUGUAUUGUUGACAACUUUUGUAAUAUUUAAGAAAAAUAAAGAAAAUGAAUAUGGUUAAGGAA